AUGGUGGGUAUAUUUUUCAAGAUUGCGUUGUGGUUAGCGAGUACUGCCAAUGAAUGCCUCGGAACAUCCGAUGAAAUUUUCGUUCCCCUGCAUUCUGCUUUACGAGUGCGUUUCAGUGAUGACAUAUUUCAGCAGUUAUCCAGAGUUGUCGAAUAUUUAUUCAAAAAGUAUAUGAAACGGGUAAUGAUUCCACCACAACAACAGUGCUUUCCAGAAGGAUGUGUUAGAAUUCAGGAUUUCAAACUUAUUGCAUAUAAAAACCCAUCGUACGUUGGAGUGACACCAACACCACCAAAUUUUUUGACACUUAGAAUUAGCGGCUUUAAUUUUUACAUCGCAGGUACGUUAUACGGGCAAUUACAACUAUUACCGCUAUUUCCGAUGACAAUACCGACAUAUGGGACAUUAGCAGUAUCUGCUAAUCAACUUGUCAUAGGAGCUACAUUUGAUAUCCAAAAAACCGUGGACAAUGUACCGUAUAUUCGAGUAAUAAGUUGUUCUCUAAUUAAUGGAGCUAUCCUAGCUCAGGUAGAAAAUAUGGGCUUAUUUACCGUCAUUGCCAAUGCCAAGUAUCAGCGUGAAAUAACGACAAAAACUCGGGAAAUGUUAGAAGAAACUCUUUGCAAUACCAUAAAUGAUGUGAUUAAUAAUGAAAUUAAUAGCCAAUUAUUUCAAAUACCGAGUGAAAUAUCCAUCCUUGAUUUAUACCAAAUGGUUUUUGAGAAUUCGGAUAAUAUAAGCGGUCAGAGGAUGAAAAGAGCAUUGGAAUCCAAGCCAAACCAUCUGCACAUUCCAAUGCAAUUUAAAUUCCAAACUCCUUUCGAAAGGGAUAUGUCGCAAGAAUCACAAUUAAGUAAAUUAAAUGAAUUAUUCAUUGUCUCACCUUAUGGAGACAAGAUAGAAGCAAAAAUUCUAAAUUCAUCAUCAUCAUCAUCUACUUUCCCAACAACCGUAAUAUUCCAGAAAUCAAAAAAACUUUCGUUUAGCACCAAUAACAGUUCGGAAAUUUGGUGGAAAAAGUUAACUGUAUUAAUUGUUUCGCUGAGUAUUCUAGACACCAGUGCAACACAUGGUAGAUUUUUCACCGGUCUAGAUGGUGACGUAUAUAUUAGAGCACAUAAUCAAAUUAAAAAUCCUUAUCAACGACCAGAAAGGUUACGAUUCACUGAAAUGAUGAAUGGAAAUGCUAUAGACUUAUUGAUAUCGGAAUAUACCAUCAACACACUUCUCCUUAAAGCACAUAUCAUUGGCGCAUUAGUUUUCAGUGUAGGCUCAGGAACACCUGUGCUUGGUAAAUUAAUACGUACAUCGUGUGGAGUAGAUGACGUAUGUCUAUCGGAUAUUAUUCCAGAAGUUGCCGAAACAUAUCCAAAUAAUCAACUUGAAAUUAUCCUACGCACCACUGAACCACCUAAAACAGUCAUUUCGAGAGGAAAGCUUUGUAUUAGAAUUGCGGAUUUUUUUUAUAAAUCAGAUACUGCCAUUGUGAUGCUCGAGGGUCGGGCGACAUUUUUCGUUGAAGGAUCAACGAAAGAAAUUGGUGUGAUACCGUUCCAUACGACGAUACAAUGCAAAGUUAUAAACUUACCUCGCCGUAUUACUGGAUUAAUAGAAAUAAAAACAUUGCAAUUUCAUGAACAUAUCGAUUUUUUCGGUCUUCCAUUGCAAUCACUAAAUAGUUUCAAGGAAGCAGCAAAAGGUGGUAUGAUGAAAAUGAUGAAUGGAAUACUUCGAGAAGGUAUCAGUUUAAAUGAAUCAAUAGUAUCACGAUUGUCUAAUACAUCCAUCAGUUUAGUUGAUAGAGCUAUUUUAUUGCAAACCAACUUUGAUAUUGAGCGAAGUUUCUAUUAG